GGUCGGGUGGGGCGGCGGGAAGAGCCCUUGGAGCGCAGGGAAGAGGAGGGGCGGGAGCGAACCCGGGAGAGAAAGCCGAGACUGCGGGCUCGCACCCGGCCGCAGCCGCUCUAAGCUAUGCGGCGGGGGCCAGCCGGCUCCUCCCUGAGGGCGGUGCUAGCGUACCCGGCGCGCGGCGCACGUGGUCCGCCUGGGAUGCGGGGAUCCCCAGUUGGGGGCUCCACCGGCACAAAAUUUUGAGAGCCUGGGGUAAGAUGGGAAUGCAAGGGAGGCCCUUGGUAUUCUGGUGGGAGAGGCGCGAAAAGCAGUGUUUCCUCGGCCAUUUACUGGGCUGUGGAGUCUUUCGGUAGGGGCCGCCAGGGUGGAAUCUCGCGCCCGGCUCUCUGACCCCAUCCCUCUGAUAGGCCUCGCCGUGAGGUCUGAGCAGUGGUACUGCGCGUGACGUGCCUUUUCCAUUCCUUGCUCCUCUGAUGGGCCGGCCCACGGCCACGACCCGGGAGGACCUGGGCUGAGCAGCCCCAUGCUAGAGAUGGCGUGGGGAGCCGGUGGGGCGUGGGAAACCAGCAACACCCUGGGUCGGACGCGCGCGCGAUCCGCCGGCCCGGAAGCGCAGGCCACCCCGCGUUGGCCGGAAGCGCGUCUUGGGAGGCGGAAGCUGCUUGCUCCCGCGUCGCCCCGCGGGAAGAAGAAAAAAAUGUCUCAGAAGCAGAUGAAGGAAGCUUUUGUCAGUAACCACAAUGGAACCAGCGUGCUAGAAGUCACCCAGGGCUUGUGCUUGCCUGUGCUCUGUAUCCUGUGCAGAGGGCUCCUGGUCAUUCUCUCACAGCUCUCGCGUUCUUCACAUACCUGGAGAGCUCGGUUCUUCAUUGACUUCGUUUUCCUCAUAGUUCCCCUGGUGACCACUCUGACCAUUUUGUCUUCAUUUAUCUACCUUGAGCACCUCGCUGUAAUUAUCUUUGGGGCAGGGCUAUUCUACCAAAUAUAUCACCAGAGAACUUGCUAUGCCAGAAUGCCUGUCCAGAAAAUCCUUGAAAAGUUCUCAAAAAUUAGUCUAGAAUCAGAAUACAUUCCAGCCAUCUCCUGUUUCCGUGUAAUCAACAGCGCAUUUACUGCUGUUGCCAUUUUGGCUGUGGACUUCCCACUUUUUCCCAGAAGAUUUGCCAAAGCUGAGCUCUAUGGCACAGGAGCAAUGGAUUUUGGUGUAGGAGGCUUUGUUUUUGGGACUGCAAUGGUUUGUCCAGAGAUUAGGAAAAAAUGUAUGGAAGGGUCCAAAUUUUAUUCUUUUACAAAGUCAUUGUACUCUGUUUGGCCAUUGGUCUUUCUAGGAAUGGGACGAUUAAUCAUCAUAAAAUCCAUAGGCUACCAGGAACAUUUAACUGAGUAUGGAGUUCACUGGAACUUUUUCUUUACCUUAAUAGUUGUGAAAUUGAUAACAUCACUGCUUUUGACUUUCUUUCCCCCAAAUAAAUCUUGGGUUGUGGCUGUCAGUAUUACUGUAUUAUACCAGUUAGCCCUCGACUUAACCCCAUUGAAAAGGGUAAUUUUGUAUGGCACUGAUGGCAGAGGCACAAGGGCUGGUUUCUUCAAUGCCAACCGAGAAGGAAUAAUGUCUACCUUGGGGUACGUGGCAAUACACAUGGCUGGUGUACAAACAGGGUCAUAUGUGCUUAAAAAAAGAUCACACAUUAAAGACUGGAUAAAAGUAGCAUGUUGUAUUCUACUGACAGCUGUUAGCCUCUUUGUAUCUCUUUACAUAGUUCAGGUAAAUGUAGAAAAAGUAUCUCGAAGAAUGGCCAAUUUAGCCUUUUGUAUUUGGAUAGUUGCUUCUAGCCUAAUCCUUCUUAGUAGUUUAUUACUGGGUGACAUAAUUUUGAGUUUUGCCAAAUUUCUAAUUCAAGGGGCUGUAGUACCAUGUUCUUGGAAACUUAUCCAGUCUCCAGCUACAAAUAAAAAGCAUUUAGAAGCUCUAGUCUCUGAAGCUGAAAGAAAGAAACCCAGUCUUUGUUUAAUCACAGCUAUAAACAGAAACCAGUUGAUUUUUUUCUUGCUGUCAAAUAUAACAACUGGCCUAAUCAACCUGUUGGUAGAUACAUUGCACAGCAGCACCUUGUGGGGCUUGUUUGUGCUCUGCCUCUAUAUGUUUACCAACUGUUUAAUUAUAUACACUCUACACUUGCAAGAUAAGACUAUAAAAUUUUGGUGAUCAAAAGGCAGUGGAUGUGUGUGUUUGAGCUAUUAAUGAGGGAGAAUAUUAAAUGUGAAGAAAAGGGGUUUUGGGCAAUCCAGUGUUAACUAGAUUUUAUUAAACUGAGUUUCAAUCCUCUAUAAUAAUAGUGAGGCUUAAUAUCUUCAUGUAUCUGCACUAUGUAAAACAAGCUAAUAGAGAAGAAACAAAGUGUUGUGUCUUGUUAGAAUGUUAAAUUUCAGUAUUUUAAAGGAAUUGUAGUUGUGACACUGGAAGAUUGGAGGGUGGAGAAAGGUUUUUUACUCUUAUAUAACCUUAUACCAUUCUAUAUUUUUUACUGUAUGUAUUUUAUAACAUUUACAUUAAAACUGUGAGUUGUGGAAAUGUCAACAAUUCUUUACUGCUCAAUUUUAAUCUUUUAAAAAAGCCUAAGUAUGAGAAAGCAAGUGUUUAAAAUCAAAUACACAUAUACUAUUAAAGUCAGAAAACAGUAAAAUGCUUCAAAGAAUAGACAGAAUUGUGUGAUAUAGUUAACAUGGUUAACUUGGGACUAAUUCAUGUUUUUGUUUUUUAGCCUACUAAAUACUAAAGCUCCUGGUAUCUUGGAGCUUGCAAUCUUGUGGGAGAAGCACAUUAAACAACUUUUAUAAAUUGUGUUAUCAUGAAAUACAGGUUGUCAAAUGGCAAGUCAAGAACUGAACUAGCAAAGUCAAGAUUAUUUUCCCUAGAGAUGGUACUUAUUUUGAGCCACAGCUGAUGGGUAGGAUGAAUUGUUGUUUGUGUGUCUAAGGUGUGGGGGGCCAAGUGCUGAUAAGAGAAGGGGUAAAUAACAGCAACUAGGAGUAUGAAUCCCUCAGCAAAGGUCCUGAGUUCGGAGAGCACCUCGCACAUGGUGGAAAUUAAAGAAGGCAUGAGCUCAGAAAAGGAGUAAUGAGCUAGGGAGGCAGGCAGGGGCCACAUCAGGCAUGCCUUAUCUACCAUGUUAAGGGG